CCGAAGAAGAAAAUUGAAACUUUUGGCUGAGGGGGGGUGCAAUGCACGAGGAGUUGGAGUUUUGGCCCCGGUUGCCACGGCCACGGAAUCAACAAAGUGGUUUUUGAAUGAAAAGUCUCGACAGUCAUCCGAGUGGUACAAUGCAGAGGAGAUCGUUCUCGCACAAGAGAGUGGAUUCCUUCCACUCGUUCACCACUCCCAAGACAAAAUCGGCGCCCAUCAAGAACGAAUGGGGAGAGAACUUCAUCAUGGACAGGUGUGGUCUGCCUUGCGUGCCGUCGCUCAAGGGCCGCGAAAACGUCCAGUUCGUUUCGCUCCAACACAAUUUGAUCUGCCGGAUCGAUUCGCUGUCCUCCUUUCGGAUGCUCAAAGUCCUGAACCUCUACGACAACAAAAUCGAACGGAUAUCGGGCCUGGACACGCUCGCCUCACUUCGAGUGUUGAUGCUCGGUAAAAACAGAUUGAAAACGACGGAAGGGCUGGAGUCGUUGCAGAGCCUCGACAUUUUGGACUUGCACGGCAACCAGAUCACGGCUUUGACGGGCAUGUCACGUCUGCGGACGUUGCGUGUCCUGAAUCUAGCGGCCAAUUCGCUCAAGAAGCUGCCCAGUCUCGACGGACUCUUGGCUCUCGAGGAGCUCAACGCCAAGCGAAACCGAAUCUGCAAGAUCGUGCCAGAAGUGGCCCACGCCAAGAGACUCGAAAGGCUCUACCUGAGCAACAACGAACUCCGCCGGUGGAAAACCCCCCCAACAAAAAAAGAAGUGGGUGCCAAUGACAUCACCACCGUCAUAUAGAGAGUUGGAAUUGGGACGAUGGACACAUCUAAAAAAAAAAGUUGUACACUUUCUCUCCCUGUCCCCACCGCUAACGAAAAGUCUUGGCCAGGAUGAGCUGAGAAAAGCCGAUAGACCGUCGGUCGCACGGCUGUGACGGGCCGAUAGUUGUGAACAUGUCGCAUGAAAAGGGAGAGAAAAAGAGCCAAAGUUGAUGGAGGUGGACGACGGACAGUGGCGUGCAGGUUGGAUUACGUAAUAGCAGAGGUGACUAGUGGAAUCGUUUGUUUGCGUUGGCUGCCCACCGGACUUUCAAGUAGUGGACAACCGGGGACGUCCUCCUGACCCCUCCCAAGACACAAGAGACGGACG